CACGCGCGGGGCCGCCGCUGCCACGCGUCCCGCGCCGCGCGGCCACCCCUCUCGCGGCUGCGCAGUGUGGCCCGGCCCGGCCACGUCCACCCGCCCCGAGCGGCCCCGCCUGCCUUUGAGCGAAAGGCGGGAAGAUGGCGGAGUCCGUGGGCCGCGGCGCGGGGAAGCCCUUCUCAGGAGGUCCCAGCACUACUGGGGGCACCAGGAGGAGAGCUGUAGGCGGCCGUGUAAUGGAAUCCCGGUACCUGCAGCCGCAAGAGAAGAAAGCUGUGAGGAAGGCCCCUGAUGCAGAUGCAGUCAAGACCAGCGGGAAGAUGCCGGAUCGAGGGAAGAGACCGGUCCCCGGGAGAACCAGCAACAGCAGCAGGGAUGCCAGCAAGGUGGACAAGGGGGACCUGCAGUCCACCCUGUUGGAGGGCCAUGGCACGGCACCUCCAGACCUGGACCUCUCAGCCAUCAAUGACAAAAGCAUCAGCAGGCGGGCCCGGCAGCCAGAGAGAAGAGUAUGUGGAAGACCCGAGUCCUCGGUGUGCGUGGCCCGCAAGAGGAGCCCGGAUCUGUCGGAAGCGAUGGAGAUGGUGGACUCACAGACGCUGCUCCUGACGCUGCUGACGGUGAAGAUGGAGAAUAGCCUGGCGACCUUCGAGGAGGAGGCGGAGAAGAAGCUGCUGGCCGUGGGCCAGGAGGAGGAGAGGCUGCGCAGGAAGGUCCAUGAGCAGCGGUGCCAACUCCAGCUUGGCCAGAGGCUGCGGCAGCUGGUGGCUGUCCUGGACUCGCAGAUAGAGAUGCUCAGCCCCUGUGAAGCGAUAGUCCAGAACUUCAGAGAAGAAUACCAGGCCCUGGCCAGCGCCCUGGACACUACACGACAUGAGCUUCCUGUCAGCACCAUCCAUCUAGACAGAGACGGCACUCAACUCCUGGAUGAUGUGCAGCGAGAACUGCUGACCACUCGCCAGCUGCUGGGGGAGCUGGGGCUGGACUCCGCCGCUGACCCUGGGCAGGCACUGGCACGGCUACAGGAGCUGAAGACCACCGCGCAGGCCACAGACUUGGAGCUGCAGAGGAGUUUUGCGCAGCUUUUGGAACUGUCAGCGGAGGCCAGCAAGGAGGUGGCCUUGGGCAACCAGGAAGUCUGGGAAGAGGCUCAGGGUGCAGACGAGUCUCUCCAAUGCUACUUCAGCCCAGAGAGCGCCUGUGGGGAGCCUGGGGCUGCCACGCCCAAGAUACCUGCACCCUGACAUACAUUCUGGGGCUUUGCGGUCCCCAUCCACCAUAGCCCGGAGGACUGUGCUGUGGGGUGGAGGCAGGGUGUUGGCAACACCAUGCAAUAAAGCUGCACUGC